UUGUUGUUACUUCAACAAGGUUCAUUGGUUAGGUCUUACAGUAUUUUUAAGUUAGUGUUUAUUUAAACGUUGAAGAGUAAAGUUGCAUUAACUGAACAAACAUGAAGAUAUUUUUCAGUGUUUUUGCUUCAUUUCUUAUUUUUGAAACUGCUUAUGGAGACUGUGGCGUAGUCUCCAAAGCAGGAUGGGAUGGCCUGACUCCCAUACACGUGGAAUACCUCGCUAGGCCAGUGGACCUGGUCAUCAUACAGCAUACGGUGACUUCCACUUGUACCACCAACGCCAGAUGUGCUGAGAUCGUGAGGGCGAUACAGACGAACCAUAUGGAUAACUUGGGUUAUUGGGACAUAGCUUCUUCGUUUAUUGUAGGAGGUAAUGGCAAAAUAUAUGAAGGAGCCGGUUGGCUUCACGUCGGCGCCCAUACCUAUGGCUACAAUCGGAGAUCUAUUGGCAUCACUUUCAUUGGAAAUUAUAACAAUGACACGCCAACAAAAGCAUCACUGGACGCUGUGAAGGCGUUACUCCGCUGCGGCGUCCAAAAUGGCCACCUGAGUGAAAACUAUCACAUCGUUGGCCACCGACAACUGAUUGCCACUGAAAGUCCUGGCAGAAAGUUAUACAACGAGAUCAGAAGAUGGCCUCACUUCCUCGAUGAUGUCAGCUCUAUAAAGAACUAAUUUGUUUUGUGUGGUUUCAUCAACUCUGUACAACAAGGGUGUAUCUACACGGUGCAAGUAGCUUACGCAUGUUGAGGUUACAUGCAUUUUAAAAACGUGCGGGUCCAGCGUCUUACGCGAGUACCAAAGAAAAAUACCCACCCGAGUGUCACUCGUCACUUGCGCAUGUGAACUUGCUCCAGCUACAUGCACCGUUUAGACGCACCCUAAGGCUAAAAUUGCCACAUAAUGUUACGUUUUGGAAGCGAACUGCCGACUGCAACUGCCGACCGCACGUGCGGUAGUUGUAUUUUUAGUUUGUACGUAGGUAUGUAUUUACCUAAAAUCGACGAUGGCAUGCAGUCGCUGCACUUGCGAUCGGCAAUUCGCUUUCAAAACAUACCUUAAGUUUAACAUAAAUGAUGUUAAAAUAUCAAUUUAAAUUAUUUUAUUUUUUAUACAAGAGUAGAGGACACACCUUUAAAAUACAUAUGUCUUCUCAGAAAAUAGCUGCCAAAAAUACCGAAAUGCAUUUUUUACUUAUAUUAUGACGUGUUUUUUUUAUAUUGUGCCUAAUUUUUAUGACCUAUCAAACAACGAAGCGGAUUAAAGUCUAUAUUAAAAGAACAAUGUUUAAAAAAAUAAUGUAGCUGUGAAAAAUACGCGAAAGGUCAAAAGGUUAGCUUUGAGAGUUUUUCCUAGAACUUGUGAUUUCAGCUUUUAAAUUAAAAAGUUACGUUAAGAUUGGCACUUGUCUUAGGCAAAUUUUAAGUCUUUGUCUAGUCGAAAAGACUUUUGUACUCUUUGAGGUUUACAAAGCUUUUACAUUUUUAAAUUACACAGAUAAAUGAUUC